UACUCACCUUAUCAAACUAUCUUCUUCUUGGUUCUUCAUCAUCUUCUCUACACAUUUCUUCUCUUCAAAAACUUAUUAGUCUUAACUCUUAAGAAACAGAAAGUAGAAAUGGAAGGUAAAGGGAAAGUCGGAUCAUCUUCUUCUUCUUCCUUCACUAAUCAGCUCUUUGGCCCCAAGGAACCUUCUUCCUCCUCCAACUUCAGCUCCAUUUUCCCUCCUCCCUCCAAGGGAACAACAGGAAACAUGAUCUUAAGCUCCAAACAUGGGUCCCUGGGCCAAUGCCAAGAAUCUGCAACCUGCAAUCUAAGUUCGUCUCUUUACUACGGUGGUCAAGACGUUUAUUCUGGAUCAACAAGCAACCAUACUUACCAUACCGUUAACAAGGCUCAUUCCAGAGGAGACAGUGAGGCUAGUGAAAACAACUCGAUGGACGCAUCUAGAGGAAACUGGUGGAAAGGUUCACUCUACUAUUAGAAUCUUCUUUACAAAGUAUCAAGAACAUCUACUGGAAACAAAAUGAUUUCGGUCGUAUCUUUCUUUGUUUGACUUGUGUGAAAGAAAUUGCAUCAAUGAUGCUUUGUUAGUGUUUCUGUAAAAUGUUAUAUCAAAUAUUAGAUUUUGUAA